GCCUAUACUUUGCAACCUUGCCUUGUUAUCAUAAAACAGCUGUUAAUUAUUUAUUAUCCAUUAGAUAAUCUUUCAAGUUCGCUAUAAAAAAAAACAAGCUACCGGCUUAUCAACAAUCGAAGAAUAUCAAAUUGAUAACAAAGGAAGCAAUUUCAAUUUAACCAGAAUGCCGCGGCGAGCUCAACUAGUUAAAAAUCUAAGUCGUUUUAAGUUGGUUACGUUCGAUAUCACCGAUACGUUGCUUAGAUUCAGAAAGCCUCCCGGCGUACAAUAUGCUGAGACGGCAGCUAUGAUGGGUGUGAAAAAUCUGGACCCGAAUCGCUUACAAAAAGUAUUUCGUGAUGAAUUCAAAGCUAUGGCUAAGAAGUAUCCAAACUUUGGCAGCAAUUCCAAAGAAAUAAGUUGGCAGGAAUGGUGGGUGCAGUUGGUGCACAAUGUCUUCAAGCGCAUAGAUGACAACUUACCACAGCAACAAAUUCGUGGUAUAAGCGAAAGACUUUUUGAACAAUACCGUUCAAAUCAGUGUUAUGCUCACAUCGAAGGUAAUUUAGAAUUACUGGAAACAAUACGGAGCACAUGCAAAUAUGUUGGCGUCAUCUCCAAUACUGAUCCCGGGUUAGAACGUGUGUUGAGGGAUAUGAACAUUAGACAAAAUUUUGACUUUGUAUAUACCUCAUAUGAUUUGGGCGUCGAGAAGCCGCAUCGGGGAGCAUUCCUGAAACCGUUAGAGAAUUAUCAUUUAAACCCUCAGGAAGCGCUACAUAUAGGCAAUCUUUAUGAAAAGGAUUACUUGGGUGCCCUUAAUGCUGGUUGGAGUGGCUUACUCGUAACGCAGUCUAUGGAUGAGGCAAAAAAAGCAAAACCUACANCGCGAUCAGAAGAAAAUAAAAUUUUGUAG